GAAUAUUUACCAUUUCUGCGUAAAGCAACAAGCGGGUCGGGAGUUUGUUAAGAAGAUUAAGUGGAACAGCAUUAGGAACUACAAGCCGGGGGCUCAGUACCAACAACAAAGGCUUCUUUUUCAAGAAAUGCUCCUCUAUUGUUGUCACAUGAAAACUAAAUAUCUCACAAAUUUCUGAUAAAACCUUUUAAAAAGAGAGUGAAAAUUGAUGACCCCUUAUCGCUGGUGUGUGUCUACAGUAAUGUAAAACCUUGAACAAGGCGUUUUGACCUUGAACCCUUUCGUCUGCUAUUAUAUCUCUUCUCUUGUUCAUGAACGUGUUGGGUUUUUGUUUUGUUUUUUGCGAAGGAGCCAGAAGAACCCGAAUUCUCACUGCGACGGCUGUGAGAAUUCGACGGAAUAAGUCGUCCCCUGGUCGACGCUGCGGCGUCUUGCAGUGUGGUCCUAAUCUUCCUCACACCUGCUGAUGCCGUGCCAAGCUAUAAAAAUAGGGGUCAUAAGAGGAUCCGCCCGGUGACAGUGUGAAGGAGCCUGUCGGCUGGUGACCGUGACUCACAAGGCGCCAGACGAGCCCGAGGAAAAACACUCACAGUAUUUAACCGACACCUUCAGUCGUGAAAGGAGAACCUGCGAGCUCAUUAAUCAGUGAAGAAGUGGUCUGGUCUAAUGUAUGGCUGAGGAGGAAUUACCUCAGUGUCUGCUUUUCUCGAAUCAUCAUUAAAUAAAGCUCUUUUGGGAGAGAAGCUGAUUUUCUACUUAAAGGCAGCUCAUCCCCAACCCUGACGCCUUGUCCCACGUUGAAAGGACUUCAGUGUCCCCCCCCGUGAACGGGAGGCCUGAUGCUGCAUCCCGCACACCUCACCAGCAUUUGGGAAAAAUCGGAGUGGAGUCGUUCGAAGGCCUCAGCCGGGACGCCGAAAUCCAGUCGGGACCGCUGCGCGCGGAUUGAUGCUUCUAUGUAGUGUGUGUGUGCGAGCGCAGUGCAGCCUUGGAUCCGGCGUGGAACCACAGUCCGUCCGGGCGGCCAGCCUUCGGGCCGGAGACGCUCCAGACCAGCAACUACUCUCUGGUGCUGCUGAUUCAGCUCAGCCUGCUCUCCUUCGACCUGUUCGUCAACUCCUUCGGCGAGCUGCUGAGGACUGAGCCGGCCGUCCAGCUCGUCCUUUUUGUUAUCCAGGACAUCGCCACCCUGUUCAACCUGAUCAUCAUUCUGUUGAUGCUGUUUAACACCUACGUCUUCCAGGUUGGCCUGGUCGCCGUGUUGCUGGAGCGAUUUAGAAGCCUGCUAAUGCUCUCCGCUCUCUACCUGACCUUCAGUAUCAUUCUCCAUUCCUGGCUCAUGAAUCUGCGUUGGCUGAAUACCAACAGAUUCAUUUGGACAGAUGGCCUUCAGGUGCUGUUUGUGUUCCAAAGAGCAGCGUCUGUGUUGUACUACUACUUCUACAAGAGGACCGCAGAGUAUCUGGGCGACCCUCGCCUCUACGAGGAUUCGCCGUGGCUGCGAGAAGUCUUUGCUCGAAUCAGGCAGUGAUUGCAGCAAAAAAAAUAAAUAUGGAAAACAAAUACUUGAAAACACAUUCAUAUAAUACAGAGACUUUUUUUAAAAAUUUAAACAUACAUACAAUGGGAAAAAGUACCAAUUCAAUAUUGUAUUUCUUUUAACAGUCACAGUUAUAUUUUGGAUGCACAAAUGUAUUAGAAUUAUAUUCUGGUCUAAAAUGCAGUUCUUGCAACACAUGUACCAUAAAUCUAUUUAACAUGAAUUGUAGCCAAAAAUUAUAUCCCACACAACAUUUCCGUCCUAUUAUUUAGGUUUGUGCCAAAAUCUGGCAGGGAUGGGGUUUUUUUUGGAGCAGCGAGGUCAGAACGUCUCCUGAGGCUUGUUUUGCUGUUUAGAUGGUAAAAAUUCAUGUUUUUUAAAAAACAUAUUCUGUAUAUACCAGUCACCACAUGCCAUUUUUUUUCUUUUCUUUUUAUAAUACUGUGCAUUUUUUAAUAAAACAAUGCUACAGUUGUUUUAUAUACGUUUGAGAUUGUUUGUGUGGCUUUCAUUUUGUUUGUACUGUUGAUAUUGAACUUUAUUGUGGCUCUUGGCCAGUCAUUGAUUUCCACUGUCUGGAAAAUCUGACCGAUCCUGUGCAUAUGUGUUUUCAUUUCCACUGCAAACAAUGUUAAAAUACAAUAAAAAUAUCUU